CGGAUUAUUACUGCACAUAUUUCAAGCCCUCUACGAUAACGAGGACUCUCGUUACUCGUUAGUAACCGGCUUCCUCGAGGUCCGAACUCCGAAAUCUGCCAGUCAAGGAAACGACGUCAAGAUUCAAGAAACUCAUAGUUUACAUACUCAAUGAAGCAACAUAAAGGAAGUUCACUAGCAUGAAUUUGGACUGCCAUUCCCCUCUCUCGAUAAUUCGAAGAGGGGGAGUUGUUUUCAGUUCAUCUCCUAACCCGAACAUCUUAGCUUCGAUGGAGAAGCUUGAACCCAAGUCUCGAACGGUGCUGGAAGCUGUUGCAGAGUUCGAUUCAUCAAAGGCCUCAACUUUGCCUCCGUCCACCACUCGUCCUUUUCGAUCUCUAGCAAUUUCGACGAUAUCCGAUUCUCAAACACUAAUUUAUAUCGGUACUGCAAGAGGAAAGAUCAUUCUACUCUCCCUAAACCCUUCUUCUGUUGAUAUUCGUGAUUCCGUUCCUAUCUCGGUUGAUGAAAACGGGACUAAACAAGAAAAUUCCACUGGCUCUAAUGUUUCUUCUUCCAAAGGUUUAUCCUUUUUGAGAUCAACAUCGAUUAGUGAUUGCCCAGUGGAUUCAAUUCAUGUACUCGUCGAAGUACAGAAAAUUCUGGUAGUUUCGGAUGGAUUUAUAUUUUUGCUUGAUCUGUUUCUGUUACAACCCGGUCGGAGAUUGAGUUUUCCUAAAGGAGCAACUGUUGUUGCCAGAAGAUUUCGUUCUGGUGAUUCAACGAGUUCAGAUCUACUUAGGGAUGGCAUUCCUCGGUCCGAGUUAUCUAGCGCCGGUCAGCGGUUUCUUCAGAAGCUAGGAGGAGGGAUUAGGACAAAUGGUAUGAAAACUAGAGAGCCUGAAUCUCUGGGAGAAGGUAAUUGUCUUGUCGCCGUUGCAGUUGGCAAAAGGUUGAUUUUGAUAGAGCUCCUCUUGUCUGGCAGAACUGAUAGGAUAGACAGGGAUGCGGAUAUGGGGGGUGUUUUCAUGGUUUUGAAAGAAAUCCAUGGUAUCGAGGGAAUCAAGACCAUGGUGUGGCUUGAUGACUCAAUAAUUGUCGGUACUGGUAAUGGGUAUACUUUAUUUUCUUGCAUUACUGGGCAAAGUGCUCCUAUGUUUUCCCUUCCGGAUUCAUCCAGUCCUCCAUGUCUUAAAUGUCUAUUGAAAGACCAUAAUGUGCUUCUGUUCGUUGAUAAUGUUGGGAUCAUUGUCAAUGCUUUUGGACAGCCGGUUGGAGGGAGUUUAGUUUUCCGAAAUCUUCCAGAUUCUGUUGGGGAGAUAUCUUCCCAUGUGAUAGUUGUAAAGGGUGGAAGGAUGGACUUAUACCACAAGAGAACUAGUCUCUGCAUUCAGUCACUUUCUUUUGCAGGGGAAGGAGUUGGGCCUUGUCUUGUCGCAAAUGAGGAGAGCAGAACAGGGGAACUUGUUGUUGUUGCAACACCUUCUAAGGCCAUUUGUUAUCGGAAAGUAUCUGCUGAAGAACAAAUAAAAGACCUAUUGAGGAAGAAGAAUUUUAAGGAUGCCAUCUCUUUAGUAGAAGAACUUGAGUGUGAUGGUGAAAUGACAAAGGAAAUGCUUUCUUUUGUGCAUGCUCAAGUGGGGUUUCUCUUGUUAUUUGAUUUGCAUUUUGAGGAAGCCAUAAACCAUUUUUUGCUGUCGGAAACGAUGGAACCUUCUGAAGUAUUUCCAUUUAUAAUGCGGGAUCCAAAUCGCUGGUCACUGCUGGUCCCCAGGAAGCGGUACUGGAGCUUGCAUCCACCGCCUUUACCUCUUGAAGAUGUUAUAGAUGAUGGGUUAAUGGCUAUUCAAAGAGCUGGAUUUCUUAGGAAGGCAGGUGUAGAGACUGCAACUAAUGAAGAUUUUCUUUUGAAUCCACCAAGUAGAGCAUAUCUAUUGGAGUCAGCAAUCCAGUACAUGAUCAGGUAUCUACAAGUUUCUCGGGAGAAGGAUUUGACACCAUCAGUGAAAGAGGGUGUUGACACUCUUCUUAUGUAUCUCUAUAGAGCCCUUAAUCGUGUAGAUGACAUGGAACAGUUGGCGUCUUCAGAGAAUAGUUGUGUAGUGGAAGAGUUGGAGACUCUAUUAGAUGAUCCUGGGCAUUUAAGGACACUUGCUUUCUUGUAUGCAAGUAAAGGGAUGAGUUCAAAAGCUCUUGCAAUUUGGCGUGUUUUGGCAAGAAAUUAUUCUUCUGGCCUAUGGAAAGACACUGUAGUUGAAGAUGAAACUUCAGAUACCUGCAAGAAUGUUAUCUCUGGUAAGAAGACUGCUGCAAUAGAAGCAACAAAACUUCUUGAGGAGUCAUCUGAUGAAGACAUGGUUCUGCAACAUCUUGGAUGGGUUGCAGACGUGGACCAGGGGCUUGCUGUUAGAAUUUUAACAUCAGAUAAAAGAGCCAAUCAGCUUGCACCUGACAAAGUUAUUGCUGCCAUUGAUCCUAAAAAGGUGGAGAUUCUUCAGAGGUAUUUGCAAUGGUUGAUUGAGGAUCAAGACUCUUAUGAUACUCGAUUCCAUACUUUAUAUGCUCUUUCACUUGCCAAAUCAGCUAUUGAAGCUGUAGAAAUGGAAAUCAAUCAACAAACCCUGGACACUGCAACAUCAGAAAAGACAAAUAUUUCUGAUGUUGAGAUUGGUUCAAUCUUUCAUAAUUCAGUCAGAGAGAGACUGCAGUUUUUCCUACAGUCCUCAGACUUGUAUGAUCCAGAAGAAGUCCUUGACUUGGUCGAAAGUUCAGAGUUAUGGCUCGAAAAGGCUAUUCUUUACAGGAAACUUGGGCAAGAGACAUUGGUGCUCCAAAUUUUGGCUUUGAAGCUGGAGGACAGUGAAGCAGCUGAACAAUAUUGUGCAGAAAUUGGUAGACCUGAUGCCUAUAUGCAGCUACUUGAUAUGUAUUUGGAUCCCCAAGACGGGAAGGAGCCUAUGUUUAAGGCUGCUGUUCGCCUUCUUCACAAUCAUGGAGAAUCUUUGGAUCCACUGCAAGUUCUGGAGAGAUUGUCACCAGAUAUGCCUUUACAACUAGCAUCAGAUACAAUAUUGAGAAUGCUGAGAGCUCGAGUUCAUCAUCAUCUCCAAGGACAAAUUGUACACAAUCUUUCCCGCGCCAUAGACAUAGAUACAAGGCUAUCAAGAUUGGAGGAGAGAUCAAGGCAUGUCCAGAUUAAUGAUGAGAGCCUGUGUGAUUCCUGUCAUUCCCGCCUUGGCACAAAGCUAUUUGCAAUGUAUCCAGAUGAUUCUAUUGUUUGUUACAAGUGUUUUCGUCGUCAGGGUGAGUCCACAUCAGUCACAGGACGUAACUUCAAGCGAGAUAUCAUAUUCAAACCAGGUUGGCUUGUUAACAGAUAACCUUAAGAUGCUGACAAAUUCUACUCUAUACAAAGCACAGCUGUAGGAAUCAUUCCAUCUUGAUGUCCUGAACAAGCCACUAUUGCCGCCAGAACACAGCUCAUUGUAGGCCAAGGACUUGGAUUCAAGUUCUCAGAUUUUUCUAACCCAGAUUUUUAGCAUUCCAUCUCUGUAGAAUAUGUAAUUAUGUAUCAAUAUUUUCGUCUUCGACGCUAAAACUUAGUUUGUAGUAGACGCAGUUCCUUUUUGGUGAACAAAUUUAUUUAAGAAUGAUAGAUUUGGUGUAAUUAUACGUAAUCAGAAUAAUUAGUUUUUUCUGUGAUUUA